AUGAACCACCGCCACCCUCCUCCCGAACCACCUCCAGUAGCUUCGCCUCCCUCCCCGAUUAGCAAUCAAUCGGCGGCUCAAAUCUUCAAGAAAACCACCCAAUUCUUCAUUUCACAUCCCUUCACCUUUAUCUUCCUCGUCUCCCUCGUUUUCGCCUUCCGCUUCAACGUUGAGAAGGGGGCCCACUACCUCAUCUCUUUCGUCGACGGCGAUCCUUCUCUCAAGUCCCUCAUCUCCCGUCUUGACCUAUCUGGCAACCAGCAUUACCACCAUCACCACCGCCACCCUCUCCAUAUCCGCCGCCGCCGUCGCGCCUUUCUUCACCUCUCCCGCGUCGGAACCCUUGACGAAGACUUCUUCUCGGGUGACGCCGAUUACGCCCGCUCCCUCUUCAAUCCCACCACUAAAUUCCAACUCAAUGGGACCUUUGUGAUUCUCUCCAAUUUCAACCCCAGUCUGGGGUUUUCGCCAGACCCCAUUGUGGAUAACGGCGUCUCUUUCGCUCAAACAGUUCGCUCUGGCGUGGUUGCCUUUAAACCCCCUCCAGAGCCAUUAGAAACCCCUCAAGAAAGCGCCUCGUUACCCGCUGAUGCUAAUGAUUCCACCGAGGAUUCAAAUGCUGUUGUUGAUUUACACUUCUUGCUAAGGGGUCUUGAAUUAGGCCGCCGCGACACCACGGCAUUGAUAUACUUUGUUGGGAUUUUAUCAGCUGCAUAUGGGUACGUGAUCUUGGCAUUCUUGGUUACUUACACCUGGGUCAAUGGAAUUGUAUUUUAUCAGGUUUUGAAUGAUUUGUUAAGGAAAUCCAAGAACUUUUUCAGGGCUGUUUGGGAUGGGUCAAAUUUGGGGAUAAGAAGGCUGUCUGGAUUUGUUUUAAUGAGGUGGGCUGUAAGGGACGCAUUGGCUCAACUCAUGGGGAUAUAUUUUUUUGGGGAAAUGGAUGAUCAGUACAAGUUUUUCAAGUUUUUUAUGAGGAUGAAAUUGAUGCCUUUCUCCGACGUCGUGCCUUGGGUUUUGGGGCAUGAGAGAGAGAGCUUGGGGUUUAUGGCGUCCUGGUUCCUGGUGGAACUGGUUGUGUCAUUUAUUUUUGCUAUAGAUACGUGGGUUGCCAUUGUUGACUCGAGGAAGAGUGGGAGGGAGGUAGUGAAAGAAGGGUGCCACUUGUUGGCAAUGCUGUUGUACCCUGCUGUGGAGAUCAAGUGCUGGGAACUGAUGGCUUGUGGUUUUCUUGCAAGAUGGUUAUUGAGUCACGUAAUUGGAGACGUAUUUGCAUUGGUUUUCCAAUCGGUCAUGGAAGUUCAUUUCAUGGUGGCUUGGCUUUUGUUUUACUUGGCUGCAAGGCAUAAAGAUGCUCAUUCAAUUGGGAGGGAAUUUGGGCAAAGAGAGUUGGAGGGCUUCCUUGAGGAAGAUAGCAGUAUUUGUCUCAUUCCUGAUGCUGAAAACUGCAGUAAUCUUCUUGGCGCUUGGUCUGUUAAAUGUUUUACAGUGAGGGGCGCCCUUUUUAUCCAAUGCUUUGCAGCGAUCAUGAUUCAACACUGCCAUUGUUUGGUGAUAUCAUCAGCCAUGCUUUUGUAUGUAGUUUACCACGAGGCAAUAUAUAAUCUGUAUAUCUGCAUGAGAACCCUUCAUGUGUAUAAGAUAUUGCAGUCUGUUCCUAGACUGUUGAUAAAAGAGUGA